AAGCUGCUUCCCCGGGGCACGGACGCGAGCGCCUUCGAGGGAGCGGCCGGCCUCGAGCGCCCAGCCCUCCCCCAGGACGCACUUGGUACCGCCCGGGGGUUCCCCGCCGCCGCCGCCCUGACGUCCAGGAGUCCCCGAGAAGACCCGCCCCGGUGCUGGGGCCCGGGACUGGGCGGCCAUGGCGGGACCCGGCUCCCCUGGCGGCCCCUGCGCGCCCGCUGCCGUCUGGAAGCGCCACAUCGUGCGGCAGCUGCGGCAUCGGGACCGCAAGCAAAAGGCGCUCUUCCUGGAGCUAGUGCCGGCUUAUAACCACCUCCUAGAGAAGGCUGAACUGCUAGCCAACUUCUCAGAAAAGCUGAAGUCAGAGGAAGUCGCCUCCACUCCGAAUCUGGACUCCUGGGGGGAGUUCUCCGGGCCUGGCUCUGACCAAGUCUCAUCAGCAGCCUCUCUGAGGGCGAAGUGGCAGGAGGAGAAAAAGGGACUGCAGCUGGUGUGUGGUGAGAUGGCUUACCAGGUGGUGAAAAAGAGUGCAGCCCUAGAAACCCUGCAGUCACAGCUGGAAGAGCGGCAGGGCAGGCUAGAAGCCCUGCAGGCCUGCAUUGUACAGCUUCGGGAGACGCGGGCACAGCAGGUCCGGCAGCUGGAGGAACGGCAGGCAGAGAACGAGGCGCAGAGAGAAGCCUACAAGACGCUACUCAAGCAAGCAGCGCACCAGGAGGCCGCAUUGCGCAGGCUCCAGGAAGAGGCACGGGACCUGUUGGAGCGGCUUGUACAGCGGAAAGCACGCGCGGCCGCUGAGUGCAAUCUGCGUAAUGAGCGCAGAGAGAGGGCCAACCAAGCUCGGGUGUCCCAGGAGCUGAAGAGAGCAGCUAAGCGGACUGUGAGCGUCAGCGAGAUCCCAGACACUCUGGAAGGUGGGACCAAGGAGGAGAAUGUGCCUCUAGCUCCUGCUGCUAUGCCUGAGCUCCUGGAGAGAGAGACGUGUGAGAAAUGGAAGAGGCCUUUCAGGUCUGCCUCGGCCACCUCUCUGACACUGUCCCGCUGUGUGGAUGUGGUGAAGGGGCUGCUGGAUUUCAAGAAGAGGAGAGGGCACUCAGUUGGGGGUGCACCUGAGCAGCGGUACCAAAGCAUCCCUGUGUGUGUGUCUGCCCGGAUUCCUACCCAGGCUCAGGAUGUCUUGGAUGCCCAUCUCUCUGAGGUCAAUGCUGUUUGCUUUGGCCCUAACAGCAGCCUCCUGGCCACUGGAGGGGCUGACCAGCUCAUCCACCUCUGGAAUGUCGUGGGAGGUCGCCUGGAGGCCAACCAGACCCUCAGAGGAGCUGGUGGCAGCAUCACCAGUGUGGAUUUUGACCCCUCGGGCUCCCAGGUUUUGGCAGCUACUUAUAACCAGGCUGCCCAGCUCUGGAAGGUGGGAGAGACCCAGUCCAAGGAAACACUGUCUGGACACAAGGAUAAAGUGACAGCUGCCAAAUUCAAGCUAACAAGGCACCAGGCAGUGACUGGGAGCCGCGACCGGACUGUGAAGGAAUGGGACCUAGGGCGUGCAUACUGUUCCAGAACCAUCAAUGUACUUUCCUACUGCAAUGACGUGGUGUGCGGGGACCACAUCAUCAUCAGUGGCCACAAUGACCAGAAGAUCCGGUUCUGGGACAGCAGGGGCCCCCACUGCAUCCAGGUCAUCCCUGUACAGGGCCGGGUCACCUCCCUGAGCCUCAGCCAUGACCAGCUGCAGCUGCUUAGCUGUUCCCGAGACAAUACACUCAAGGUCAUCGACCUGCGACUCAGCAACGUCCGACAGGUGUUCAGGGCGGAUGGCUUCAAAUGCAGUUCUGACUGGACCAAAGCUGUGUUCAGCCCUGACAGAAGCUAUGCACUGGCAGGCUCCUCAAAUGGAGCCUUGUACAUCUGGGAUGUGGACACCGGGAAACUGGAGAGCAGCCUAGAGGGACCUCACUGCGCUGCUGUCAAUGCUGUGGCCUGGUGCUUCUCUGGGAACCAUGUUGUGAGUGUGGAUCAAGGCAGGAAGGUGGUGCUCUGGCACUAGGGCACAGCUUCCCUGGAUGGACUGGAGCUCUGUUCUGAAGCCAGAAGCCAGAGGACAGCCUUCCUCUGACCAGGACUCCAGAGUCGGGGUUGGGUCAAAUGUAGACGUUAUGUGAGGGCCUGGCAGGACCUGGCCUGUUUAAAAAUCAAGUGUCAAUUAGGGAUUACAAUUUUUAAAAAUCUC